AUGUCACGGAAUCAGAAAUAUAUAAAUAGUGUUGUAACUCGUUACUGGUAUGAUCAUGAGAGCUAUUUCGCGAAGGUAAUCACCGAAGAGGUUAAGAAAAUGUUAGCAAAAAUUUCGAAAAGAGAAGAGGAAGAGUUUACUAAAAGAACAAGAGAAAGAGAACAACUUGCAGAAGCAAAACGCAACUCUUUGUCAGGAAAUGCAAAGAAGCUGAUUAAAUCUGUUGUACCUAAAGGAGUUCUGGUUUUACUUCUUGCAAUGCUUGUUGAUCCUUAUGUUUUGUGCUUUAUCUGU